AUGCCGCAGUUUGAAGAGCCUGACCGAAGCAUACGAAGCUUUCUAUGGCACAGCCCUUCGAUUUCCAUAGUUUUCAGCAUCGGAACGGCGUUUGCAAUCGGGUGCUUUGCCUUUACGCACUGGCUCGGCACGCAAAAGUUUGUCUGCCCAGACUGGGCACUCGAUUGUUCGGUGUCCGAGUUCGUUGCCAAAGUUGUGGCACACCUAGGCCAGGUGCAGGGCCUCAUCACUGCCGUCUAUACCGCCUCGGUCGCUAUGAUGGCGUACGCGACAUUCCAAGUCGCUGAGACGACGCUCUGGCCGGCGCUGACGGCCAAGACCUUCUUGUUGGACGACAUUGACCUGUAUCUGGCCUUGACCCGGGGAUCCCUCACGGCGUCCCCGUGGGCGUUGUGGCAUGCUCGGGGGCUCGGUCCGGUCGCAGUUCUGCUCACUGUCACAUUCAUCGCGCUUCUCCAGUUGACCAGCUCCAUCUUUGUCGGGCAUGUAUACUCGACAACUAACGUCACCACGACUUACUACAGCAAUCACUCAGCUGGCGGCGGCAUGGGUCUCGCCUUCGAUGGAUUCCAGAUGAACCCCCCGGGCAUGCUUCCCGGUGCAGCUGGAGACGCGGUCUCGAUUUAUACGUCGUGGGCCAAUGGCCUGAGUAGCGAGCCUAUGCCCGACCAACGGAACUUCAUCAUCGAUCGCGCCAAUCUUUCUGCGGUCGGAGCAUUUUCCGCAUAUGCUAUCGAAACGCACACAAACAUCUCAUGUUCAGCCUCACCCAUCAACAUUACCUCGGAAUACUCGGACAUGUUCACAGUCCAGGUCAACAUGUCUGCCACUGACCUCUGGGUCCGGCAACAGCCACAGUUGUCGCUUUGGGUGGACCGGUGGAGGAACCUCGGCGACACGAGAGCUGUUACGACGAUGGUGUUUGCCGCAAUCAAUGGCACCAUUGAAGGCGGCCACAAGAACGGGCCAACCGAGGCCAUGUUGGAACUCGGGUAUAUCGAGGGUGUUUCUUCCCUGGCGUGCGACAUUGACGUGGAACUCAAGGACAGUGUCGUAUGCACCUGGGAGGAUCAGUCCAAGUGCCCUGCCCCAAGUAUGACCCUGUCCAAGCUGGAGACGCUCGGCCAGCCAUGUAGCGGCUGCAUUUCUGUCUGGCUUGCUGCCGCUGUCGAGGUAUAUGGCGUGAGCAUUUACGGCACACAGCCCAUGUUCUACCCGACCUUCACAGACCCGGGCGUUCUGGCCCCAAAACAACUGGGGAACCUGACAGCUACCCUGCCUGUCGCAUGGACUAGCGUGUCCACGAAUCCAACCUCAUACAAUUGGCCGAAGGAAGUGCUGCGCAACUUUGUCGAGAUCGGCUCCGGCGCCCUUGCCAUGACCAUCAUGCGGCAUUUCCCCAACGAGAGCGGCAUCCUCGAGUCCAAACUGCCCAUGCUGCGCCUGGACGCGAGUCGGAGCUGGCUCUUGUUCGUGCCCCCAGCCCUGGUCCUGGCCAGCGUCGUGCUGGUGGCGGCUCUGAGUGGCUUUAUGCACGCCGAGGCGAACCUGGCAAAUGUGCGGAUGGGCACCACGAGCGAGAUCGUCAUCAACAGUCAGACCGAGGAUAUCAGAUCUGUCGUCAACGAAGCGAGAAAAUCUUCAACUGCGAGGGACGAACUGUCGAAAUUGCGAGUACGAUAUGGCACGGUUGCUGAAGGAGGCGCCGGGCUGGCGCGCAGGGAUCAUGUAACCUCCUUUUAA